AACCCCAAGCCUAACUCAACUCAGAUCACACUCCCUAGUCCCUCCAAACAAGACUUUGUAUCUCUCUUUUAUCUAACUCGGCACAAUUUAUGGUGAAGCAGACCAUCGGGAAGCCAUCGGAGCGAAGCGACGCCAAGUACAAAGGUGUUCGGAAGCGCAAGUGGGGCAAAUGGGUCUCCGAGAUCCGCCUACCCAACAGCCGCGAACGCAUCUGGUUGGGCUCCUACGACACCCCCGAGAAAGCGGCGCGUGCCUUCGACGCGGCUCUGUUCUGCCUCCGCGGCCGCACCGCCAAGUUCAACUUCCCCGACAACCCUCCAGACAUCUCCGGCGGCCGCUCCCUCUCCCCCGCCGAGAUCCAGGCCGAGGCCGCCAGGUUCGCCAAUAACGAGGCGAACCCUCCGCCGCCUCCGCCGCCGCCGCCGCAGGUCCCGAGGAGCCACUCCGAUCUUUCCAUGUCGGAGCAGCAGACGGAAUCCCCGUCUGUCUCGGAGGGGAGUGGGACCCUCGUCAUGGACAGUGACUUUAGCGUGACGGUGAACCAAAACAACGACCAGUCGUUUUUGGACUUGUUUAGAACGUUCGGGUCGGGUAACUACGCGACGGAGUAUGGAUUGUUCCCGGGUUUUGACGAUCUCAACGGUCAGUUUUUCAGUCCGGCACCUCAAACGCCAGCCGUUGAUUACGCCGAGGAGAAUUUAGCUCAGGAGUCGUUCCUAUGGAAUUUCUAAAGGACCCAACUUUUUACUUUUUACUACAACACACAACACUUUAAUUUAAUCAAUUAAUUAGCUAAAUUAAGCUGGCUAAUGAAAAUUAAAUUAAAUUCUUCAUAUUUUUUUCACCGGAGACGAGCUUUGGACAGUUUUAGUUUCCAAUGCUUUACCAUAUUCCGGUUAUGGAUGGACCAGAUUUUUGUGCGGCCAUCCUUACCAUCAUUCCUUAUUGUAUCUUGGGUACAAAGAAUUCUCUCACACCGUGUAACCAUAUAGUUAUUCAUUGAAUUUAUCGAGUGGAAAUAAUUCAUCUUUAUAUAUA